AUGGACCUAAGAGGCUUCUUGGAUGAAGAACAGGAGAAAAUUAAUUUAUCAAGGACACUCUCUUUUGGUGCUCGUGAUCAGAACUCAUCUGAAUCUAACGUCCAGCAGUUUGCUUCUCCAAGGCCAUCUUCUGCUAGUUCAGCAAAAUCAAUCCCAUUGCCCGCGCCUAUGAGCCCCGAGACACCAUGGACACUCUCCCCCGUGCGCAUGUCUCCCUCUCAACCCCUUCUUUAUCAUUGCAUUGCAUCUCUACACCGCCAUGAAGGUAACAUUUUCUCUAUCACACUCACCAAAGAUUUCAUAUUCACUGGAUCUGAGAGUAAACGAAUCCACGUCUGGAAGCAACCAGACUGCACUCAAAUGGGUUACGUAAGGGCCAAUUCUGGUCAAGUUCGUGCCAUCUUGGCCCAUGGAAGACUUCUAUUCACCACGCAUAGCGACUGUAAAAUCCGACUGUGGAAUGUGUCCAUCACAGCAGAGAAUUUUCGACCAAAGAAGAUCGCCACGUUGCCUCAAAGAAAUCCAUUCUUCUUGUUUACGAGAAAGAGCAACCACCAACACAGAAACAUUAUUUCUUGCCUAGCGUACAACCAUGAAGAAAAGCUUUUAUACACGGGCUCGUGGGAUAGAACGGUUAAGGCCUGGAAUGUCUCUGAAAAUCGUUGUGUGGAUUCGUUCGUGGCUCACGAUGGCCAUGUUAAUGCAAUUGUCGUCAAUGAACAUGAUGGGUGUGUUUUCACUUGCUCUUCCGAUGGCUCAGUUAAAAUAUGGAGAAGAGUGUUUGGAGAAAACUCUCAUAUCCUCACCAUGACCCUGAAAUUUCAACUUUCACCGGUGAAUGCCUUGGCGUUGAGCUUGUCACCAAGCACUUUCUUGCUCUACUCUGGUUCGUCGGAUGGGCUUAUAAACGUUUGGGAGAAGGAGAAGAUGUCUGGGAGAUACAACCAUGGAGGGUUUUUACAGGGCCAUCAUUUUGCUAUCCUUUGCUUGGUAGCCAUAGGGGACAUAGUGUUUAGUGGUUCUGAGGAUGCAACCAUUAGGGUAUGGAGGAGAGAGGAAGGAAAUUGCUUACAUUCAUGUCUUUCAGUCAUCGAAGGGCAUCACGGGCCAGUGAGAUGUUUAGCUGCUUCUUUAGAGUCGGAUAAUUUAGUUAAGUGUUUGCUGAUUUAUAGUGCGAGCUUGGAUCAAACUUUUAAGGUAUGGCGGGUGAAGAUUUAUCCCGCUCAUGAGAAGGCAUACUUGGACGAGCCAGUGAAAGAUCGGCAAAGAGAAGUUGUGGAGUUUGAGAUGAAUCCUGUGUUAUCGCCAUCAUGGGUAGAGAAGAAGCGUCAAGGAGAUCAUUUCCAGUAG